UUUUAAGUGUACGUGCGCUUACGGGCUGGGACCGGGACGUGUGUUGAGGAUAAUGGACUUGACUUCCUGACUAGCGGCUCGGUUCUAUUAACCGUGGCUUCGGUCGCGCGCUGUCCCGUCAAGCUAACGUUAAAAACCGCUAGCUUUUGGACACUGACCCUCUUGAGUCCAGAGGAAGCCCACACUCCGAGCAUGAAUAAAGAGGCAUUCCGCGACAGAAGAGGGUUGGGUUUUAAAAAGGAACAGCAGAGCAGCCCCGGACUCUUUGACAGUGACCCCGAUUCAGAAAUCCCUUGUUGCGGUGCACCGAUCGAAGACAAUUGAAAGCAAUCAGGAUCCUGUUGCUGUCUGGCUUCACGGUGCAGCAGAGGAGCUCCGCCUGUGUUUAGGUGGUCUCUCCCAGCCCCUCUCUGGAUGCAUCAGACUCCUCCUCCCCGGGGCCCUGGACCCGGUGUGUGACCCCAUCACCAUCACCCCAUUCCUCUUCUGUCUCCUCUUCAUCUGCCCCACUCUCCUCUUCACCUAUCUGCGUCAACGAUCCUGCUACAGGUCCCCUGCCCCUCGGCCAGCGGGCAGAGGCAGGGGGUCCUGGAGCCAUGGUAGUCCUCAAUGGACACAGCCCCCUCAUCAUGAGCAGCAUGGCCCCUUCAGAGGGCAGGGUUCAGGGGUCAAACUUUACUCCGCUUCACUACAAGCCCUUCAACUCGCAUGAACACUACCAGCAGGUGAUGCGUUCUCUACGUAAGCUUCAGGAGAGUGGCUUUUACUGGGGAGCUGUUGGGGGUCGGGAGGCUAGCUCCCUGCUGCGCUCCGAGCCCCCUGGCACCUUCCUCGUCCGUGACUCGUCAGAUCACCACCACUUCUUCACCCUGUCUGUGCAGACAGCUCGGGGAACCAAGAACGUGCGCAUUCACAGCAAAGGAGGUGGCUUUUUCCUGGAGCCGGACCGCCAAAAUACCCAGGACCUUCCCCAGUUUGACUGUGUGCUGAAACUCAUAGCCCAUUACAUGGGGAAAGGGAUGGACAUGGGACGGAGCAGGGACGGGGCAAGUGGAGGCAAUUCAGGAGAGGCAACAAUGAAGGGACGCACUGUUUAUCUGAUCCACACCGGCAGAGAGAAAAUCCCUCUGGAGUUGCGGCAGCCCCUCUCAAACUCGCUCUCAUCCUUGCAGCACAUGUGCAGGAGGACGUUGAACAGCAGGGGCCUUGAGGUGCUAGAGCAAACUGAGCAGCUCCCACACAACCUUAAGGACUUUUUGAAGAAGUAUGAUGCUCCUAUAUGACUGACAGGGACCACUAAGGUUCCACGACAUGGACGUGUAUCCUGGGGCGACGGCACAGACCUGUUCUCCGUGCUUAUGAGAAGUUUUGCGUCACAAGAAACUGACCAGACUGAGCCGUAGAUUUCCACGGUGGCCAGAAUCAUCUGAGUUUUUUUAAUCCCAGCUGGACACUUUCAAGUCCUGGAUGAGGAGGAGUGUGAUUUGGGUAACCCAACGAGUACCUCGUCCACUCUGCCUUGGAAAAACUAGUGAGGGUGGCGGAUCAAGCCACAGGUCAAAGGCCAACUUUUUCUCUGACUGACCGACGCAGAGCAUUGCCUCACAGAAGAUUAACCUGGUUGACAUAAAACAAUGGAAGCGAAGGAACUAUCGAAGCAGUGAUCUUGGCGUGUUUAAGGAGAAAGUGGGACAUUUAUGGCACUCUGGAUCGCUGGAGAAAGAGAGCGAGAGACACGGGGAAAGAGCUGAGAGGUGGAGAGGGUGUGAAUGAAAGAGGAGUUGCAGAAAAAAGGCAAAGUCCAAACAAGGGGCCCGGCAGUACACAGUAUUUGUUUGUCUCGGUGUGUAUUUGUGUGUUGUGGUUGUGCACAUUUCCACUGCUGUUUCCCGCAAAUGUUACCACAUAGAUGGGAGUGGGCUGGUCAUGCACACUAGCUCCACACACACACACUCCUGCAGGUACAGGCUCGCAUGAAGGUUUGGUUGGUGUGGGAUGAAAAAAAAAAUCAUUACAAAGGGUUUCUCCUUCUCCGGGCCCGCCACCACCAUCUUCCUGCUCUCUGUUUAAUGCAUGCACAUGCUCUGACAGUGACAGAACACAGGCUUCAGUUGCAGAGACAAAAGCUUGUUAUUGACACAAAAGCUUUGGCAUGGGACCAAUCAGAGCAGGAGAAGUUAUUUUUAUCCAGACCGUGUAAAUCUCACUAGGAGAUGGCGAUAUUACUCCCAGAGAUGGGCGAAGAGGCUGCUGCUGGUGAGAAGACUGAAAUAAGAGCGGGAAAUGGGAUUGGGAAGGGGAAAUUAAAGGGGAUGAAGACCUAGGGUGGUGGGGGGAGCAGGGGGAGGAGACAUACUGGUACACAGCUUCACAAAAACAUUGAUUUAAUUGACCAUCGAGUCCCAACAGGAUGCUGCUCCUGUAAAUAUACUAGCCAACUUCAUAACAAAAGUCUUAAUUUUGUCUUUUAGACCAUCUUAGAUUUAAUAUGAUGAAUUGUAUUCCUUUUAGCUAAAAUGUCCUGGUGAGCUUGAGUGUCUGUUUUAAUUGUACACCAUUCAUGAAGUAGCUGAGAGGGAACGUGCUGGUUUAUUUUUAUUUUUUUGGACUAUUGUUCGACUUGUGUUUGCUCUGUUUUCCUCCCGUUGUUGCCUCCAGAGAAGGAAGUGGUUUGUCAGUUAGAAGGGAACAAAAAAAAAUGUUCUUGAAUGAUUCUGGAACAAAAACUGUCUUUUGUAAAAAUCACAAGACUCAGAUUUGACCCAGAAGGUGUUCUACCUGCGUGCGCCCCUUGCACACACUCACCUGUCAUCCAUAUUGGAACUGAAGCCUUUUCACACCCUAAAUCAUGAGUGGAAGCAGCCGUGGUGAUGCAUGAUGGGCUUUUUUGGGUUGGAUCUGGGUCUUGCUGUCACAUCAACACCAAGUUCUUACAUGUGCUGCAGCGGUCGACCAUGUGUUUGUAAAUCAUUUGUCUUUUAUAAAGACUCGUGCAAAAGGCUGGCCACUAGUCUGGCAAACCCACAAGCCGUAAACCCUGAAAUGACAAAGCAUUACAUAAUAAAUGAAAAGGAACGUUGCACAUAUUUAUAUUUCUAAAAUAUUUCAAGUAAUUUAUAUUAAAGAGCACUAUUUUUACAAAAGCCAA